AUGGCUUGGCUCCUUCUCUUUGCAGUUUUCAGCUACUGCUCAGGUGUCAUUUCACAGACUGUAACUCAGCCAGCCUCGGAGUCUGUGUCCCUGGGCCAAACUGUGAAGCUCUCCUGCUCUAGAAGUAGUGGUCGCUGGAGCAGCUUUGGCUGGUAUCAACAGAAACCUGGCCAGGCUCCACUCUUUCUGUUUUAUGGCACCAGCAGGGGAGAAGGGAUCCCAGAUCGGUUCACAGCUUCAGGCUCUGGGAACACUGGCUAUUUAACCAUCUCCAACAUCCAGACUGAAGAUGAGGCAGUUUAUCACUGUGGUGCCUGGGAGGUCACUGGUGUCAGUUCACAGCCAACCUUGACUCAACCUGCCUCUGAGUCUGUCUCCUUGGGCCAAACAGCUAAACUCUCCUGCUCUAGAAAUGGUGGCACUAAAAUCUCCUGCUCAAGAAAUGGUGGCAGUAAAUGGGAUGGAUUUCACUGGUUUCAGCAGAGACCUGGAGAGGCUCCUCUUUUUCUGUGCUAUGGAUCUAGCCAGAGAACAGGCAUCUCUGAUCGGUUCACUUGCUCCAUCUCUGACAACAUGGGCUAUUUGAUGAUCUCCAACAUCCAGGCUGAAGAUGAGCCUGUUUAUUACUGUUGUGACUGGGAGCACAGCAUCAGUCAAGGUAGCUGGAAUUACUUUCACUGGUAUCAGCAGAAACCUGGGCAGGCACCCCGCUUUCUGUGGUAUGGCUCCAGCACCCGGGGAGAAGGGGUCCCAGAUCGCUUCACUGGCUCAGAGUCUGGGAAUAUGGGAUACUUAACUAUCUCCAACAUCCAGGCUGAAGAUGAGGCAGUUUAUCACUGCUCUAACUAUGAGAGCAGCGUGAGGUUCCACAGUGCUGCAAUCUAA